CGGGGUCAAAGCACCGCCCCGGAUCCCCCGAUCCCGGGGCUUCUUGGAGCCUGUGGGUAGUUCAGCGCUCGCGCUGCGGAUUCCGUCGGCAAUGGAUGCGCGGGCGCGUGCCAAGCGCUACGAGAAGCUCGACUUCCUGGGGGAGGGGCAGUUCGCCACUGUCUAUAAGGCCAGGGACAAGACCAAUAACCGAAUCGUGGCUAUUAAGAAGAUUAAACUGGGGCAUAGAUCGGAAGCUAAAGAUGCUUGUGUGGUGUAGUAGAAUUUUGUUUGUGUGCAGGCUGCUGUCCCUCCGGGAUCCUGCAUCAGGAAUCAACAGGACAGCCCUCAGGGAAAUAAAGCUGUUACAGGAGCUAAGCCAUCCAAAUAUUAUUGGUCUCAUAGAUGCAUUUGGACACAAGUCCAAUAUCAGCUUGGUGUUUGAUUUUAUGGAAACAGAUCUAGAGGUUAUUAUAAAGGAUACAAGUAUUGUGUUGACACAGUCUCACAUCAAGGCAUAUAUGCUGAUGACACUUCAAGGAUUAGAAUAUCUGCAUCAACACUGGAUUUUACACAGGGAUCUUAAACCAAAUAACUUGCUGUUAGAUGAAAAUGGGGUUUUAAAAUUAGCUGACUUUGGCUUGGCAAAAUCUUUUGGAAGCCCAAAUAGAGUUUAUACACACCAGGUAGUAACAAGAUGGUACCGAGCCCCAGAACUAUUGUUUGGGGCUAGAAUGUAUGGUGUUGGUGUUGAUAUGUGGGCUGUUGGUUGUAUUUUAGCUGAAUUGCUCCUCAGGGUUCCUUUUUUGCCUGGAGACUCUGAUCUUGACCAGCUGACAAGGAUAUUUGAAACACUGGGCACUCCAACAGAAGAGCAGUGGCCUGGGAUGACGAGUCUUCCAGACUAUGUCACAUUUAAAUCUUUCCCUGGAAUGCCACUUCAACAUAUCUUCAGUGCGGCUGGUGAUGAUCUGCUCAGUCUUCUUCAAGGCUUAUUCACAUUUAAUCCUUGCACUAGGGUUACAGCUACUCAGGCAUUGAAACAGAAGUAUUUCAGUAAUCGACCAGGACCCACUCCAGGAAAUCAGCUGCCAAGACCCAACUGUCCUGCAGAAGCUGUGAAGGAGCAACAAAAUGCACUUUUAAAUUUAAAAAGGAAAAAAACAGAAGGAAUAGAUCAAGGAUUACCAAAAAAACUGAUUUUUUGAUUGCUGUGGAUGGGGUAUGAAAAUGAGUGAAAAUGACCGGAGUCCCAACCAUUUUAAAAAUGCUGCAAUAGUCACAGGAUGGUUGUUUUGUAAUAUUUUAACAUGUAAAAUUAGAAUUUAAUAUUUCUUUACUGAAACAAGGGUUUUACUAACCCUUCUUAUUACAAUAAAAUUGUUUUGAAGGGAAAAAAAAGAUUUCUUUAUCUGGUUUGCUGUCUUGUUACUUUGACUUGUGCUUUGGGGUAAUAACUGUCAAAACUGCUUGCAGGCUAUAAAUUUACACAGACUAAUUCUGCAGAACCUCUGUGGUAAAUUACAUGCUAUCCUGUACAGAUGUACACUCUUAGGAGGAAAACUACAAAUAACACACUUCUCAGCUGGAGCUUAGAUAUACACAUAACUGUCUUCCAAGCCCAUAAUAAAAAUGUAUCACUGUAAGGAAAGGGCAUGAAUUUUUUGUUCCACAUAAUAGGCUCAGGUAUUUACAAUGAGUUUGCAUAUGCUCUCUCAGCAGUCAUGCAUUAAGACUCUCCAAGGACAUAUCCACUACCUUGAAAACAAUAUGAUGCACAUACUGAAUGUGAAUUGUUUGGGGUUUGGUUUUGUUUUUUUACAGAUUCCAAUCUGCCAGGAGAAAUUAUCUGUGUCACAGUUUAACAAGAGACAAAUGUUUGCUAAGGAGGGCAGGUUAGGA